GGGGAUUUCAAUUUGUGGCAAAUGAUAACCAACCAAAGCCAGAAUUGGAACCGAAAUCCAAAAACAAAUUUUGGAAUUCGAUCGGGUUCCGGAAUCAAAAAAUGCGACUCCCCUGAUCACUACGCUGAAAAUAAAAAAGGUACCACACCGAACCCAAAGGGAUGUUUUGGGCAAAAAAACGAUUUCGCACACAGUGCGAAAACUAAAAGGAUUUCAAUUUCGUUUCAAUUCUCUGAACCCUUUUAGGUUUCCUAGAUAGAACCACGAAACACUUGAAAAAAAAAUUCUAAGUCUAUGACUAUUAUUUUCAGGCAACCGAAGUUUUUACGAAACCUUUUUGACGGUUCCGUAUUCAUUUUAAAAAGAGUUUGUUAGUCAUACUAAUCUUUUUUCUAGUGCAUUGAUUCAUUUUAGAAAUGAAAAAGGAAUCCUCAAAAGGUUUCGUAAGAACUUCGUUUGCCUGAAAAUAAUCGUCAUNAGUUUUUACGAAACCUUUUUGACGGUUCCGUAUUCAUUUUAAAAAGAGUUUGUUAGUCAUACUAAUCUUUUUUCUAGUGCAUUGAUUCAUUUUAGAAAUGAAAAAGGAAUCCUCAAAAGGUUUCGUAAGAACUUCGUUUGCCUGAAAAUAAUCGUCAUAGACUUAUAAUACUUUUUCAAGUGUUUUGUAGUUCUGUCUAAGAAACCUCAAAGGGUUCAGAGAAUUUAAACGAAAUCGAAACUCUUUUAUGUUCCGUACUAAGUACGAAACUUUCUUUUAGUUCAAAACUCCCUUUUGGGUUCGGUGUCGUAUCUUUUUUGUUUUCAGUGUAGUUGAGAUCCAAAUCAGUCACUGUUGAUUACUUCUUGUGCCACUGCGUAAAGUAGAAAAAGAUACUAAUAACUGAAACUUUUGUAGUACAGCUGAAUAUAUUUAAAAGUAAAACGUAUUGCCUAUUACUAUAAGAAGUAACAAAAAGGGCGUUCUACUUAUGAACAUACUCAAAAUUACUCAAAACAAAAUUCACUUAUUAGUCGCUUUACCACUUUAUGCUUCGUAACACAAAGCAGUGAAUAGUGAUUUCACUGAAUCUCAACUUUUACAUGGGUUGAGAGGGAUACAUUUCGCUUAAAUUCUAAUAUGCAAUAAUAUUUAUUCUUAUCGUUCUGUAGUGAACGAAUGCGCACAUCAACGAAUCAACGCAUGAGAGAACAUACCAAUACCCCAACGAAGAGACAAACGGGUGAUCAAAGUUACGAGCAAAUGACCGGAAGAGGGAGUCAACGAACAGACGGACGAACGAAAAUAACUCAUUCUGUCGAUGGAUCUCCUGUCAACGAAAGAAAUAUGGAUAGACAAAACCCUGAAUCAACAGCUUCUUCAGCAAGACAGGAUAUCACAACCAAUACUAUAGUUUCAUUAAAUAGUAGGCAGACAAAACGCUGCAUGACUCAAAAUUAUUUACUUAUUUGGGUCGAUCAGAACAUCGAUGAAACCACCAAAGACUGCCGGGAUAUACUGGCACAAUUACACGAAGUGGUAAAUGAUCUGAAUGUUUGCACAACACCCGAAGGAUGUAUCGAUCUCCUCAGUGAAAUGAGCGAGGGAAAAGCUUUCGUCAUCGUUUCGGGCUAUGUAGGUCAGCAACUCGUGCCAGAAAUUCAUAGCAUGCAUGUAGUAGAUGCUAUAUAUAUCUUCUGUGGCAAUAAAGCACGUCAUGAGCCAUGGGCGAAAGAUUGGCCAAAGAUUCGAGGUGUUUUCACCUCAAUCAAACCAAUAUGCGAGUCGCUGAAAAAGGUCGCCCAUGAGUGCGAUCAUGAUUGGAUCCCGAUGAGCGUCGUUCCGAAGCAAGCGAUGGCAGGAGGAGCAACAGGAUUGGACCAAGACAAUCUUGAUCAGUUACCGCCAUCAUACAUGUAUUCGGUGAUUUUCAAGGAUAUCAUCCUAGAAAUUGAUGACGAUGACGCCAAAUCUCUGAAAACUUUAGAAAUUUAUUGCCGAGAACAGAAUAUUCCUGAAACAGAAAUCAACGAACUGAAGCGUAAAUACCAUCAGAAAUCACCGAUCUGGUGGUAUACAUGUGAAAUGUUUCUGUAUGGCAUGCUUAAUCGUGGAUUACGAUCGCUUGAUAUGGAAGCGAUGUCGAAGUUAGGCUUUUUUAUUCGAAGUCUUCAUCUUCAACUACAGCAACUGUAUCAAGAACAGUCGGCGAAUUUUCAGAAACCAUUUACCGUUUAUCGUGGUCAGGGGCUAAGUCAACAAGACUUUCAAAAUCUAAUUGAUUCAAAAGGUGGUCUACUAUCGUUCAACAACUUCUUAUCAACUAGUAAACAAAAAGAAGUGGCAAUGAACUUUAUUCAAGAUUCCCCACACGAAAGUACAGAUAUUGUGGGUGUUAUCUUCAUUAUGACAAUAGAUCCAAGUAAAAUAUCAACUUCAAUUACACCAUUUGCAAUGAUUGAUGAACACAGUGCUCUCCCACAAGAACAAGAAAUACUAUUUACAAUGCACGCUGUUUUUCGUAUUGGUGAAAUUAAACAGACGGUUGAGAAUAGUCGUCUUUGGGAAGUACAAUUGACUAUUACCGACGAGAGUGAUCCACAGCUGGCUGGUCUUACUGAUUGCAUCAAACAGGAGGUUGGAGGUUCGACCGGAUGGCAUCGAAUGGGCAAGUUAAUGCUCAAAGUGGGUCAUUUCGAUCAAGCUGAGGAACUCUACAAUGAAUUACUCGAGAAUGCUUCCAAUGAUAGUGAUAGAGCACACAUCUAUCACCAACUUGGAUGGUUGAAAAACGAUCAAGGUGAAUACCAACAAGCAGUUACUUUCUACGAAAAAUCACUCGCAAUCGAGCGAAAAACGCUUCCAGAAGAUGAUGCUUCAUUAGCGCCUACUUAUAGUAACAUUGGUGCAGUGUAUAAAAACAUGGGUGAAUACUCGAAAGCACUGGAAUAUUACGAAAAAUCACUGAAAAUAAAAGAAAUAUCUCUACCUCCGACUCAUCCCGAUUUGGCUGCUUCUUAUGGCAAUAUUGGUAUAGUGUAUGACAACAUGGGUGAAUACUCGAAAGCACUUGAAUUUUACGAAAAAUCACUGAAAAUAAAAGAAAUAUCUCUGCCUCCAAAUCAUCCCUCAUUGGCUACUUCCUAUAACAACAUGGGUGGAGUGUAUGCCAACAUGGGUGAAUACUCGAAAGCACUUGAAUAUUACGAAAAAGAUCUCAAAAUAACAUUAAAAUCUUUGCCUCCGACUCAUCCCAACUUGGCUACUUCCUACAGCUGCAUUGGUGAAGUGUAUAACGACAUGGGGGAAUACUCGAAAGCACUGGAAUAUUACGAAAAAUCACUCAAAAUAAGAGAAAAAGCUCUGCCUCCGACUCAUCCUGAUUUGGCCAAUUGUUACAGUAACCUCGGUUCUGUAUUUGACAGAAUGGGUCAAUAUUCAAAAGCACUGGAGUAUUACGAAAAAGCAUUUCGGAUUUACCAACAGGCGCUGCCAUCAAAUCAUCCUCAUAUGGUUUCUUCUUAUAGUAAUAUCGCUUUGGCACAUAAGAACAUAGGUCAGUAUACGGAGGCUCUGUCGAAAUUUGAAAUGGCACUGAAAGUUGGAUGUGCCAUUCUACAUACGAACCAUCCUGAAUUGGGGACUAUAUAA